AUGAGCUCCAACUACCCCAUGGAGAAUAUCAAACGCAAGCCUCUACCACAGGCGCAGGCACAGGCACAAUCAGAAGAGGCAGAUUCGUCCGCUAAAGAUGCCCUUGACGAUCUCCUCGACGAUUAUUACGAUGAUAAUGAUGAGAGCGAAAGCAGGAACAACUCGGUUGGGACGGCGACUGAGCUUACGUUGGUGUCCCGGCCAACGAUGCCCUCCCGGCCAAACACUCUUCCCGUGGUCCCAGGCGUAUCAUCGUCAUCAGAUACAAUCACGAAAACGGAAAUUACCAUACCCGAUGAGCCCAGUACUUCCAAGUCUUUCUGGAAGGCUGCUAUUGAUGAGACGGUCUACUUUGCUGGCGGCUUGAUAUCGCGCCCAGCAGAGACUACCAAGCACUACAGCAUCCUGAGACACUCUUCUGCGAUUGUCUACUACAAGGGCCCUUCCACGAGGGUCACAGUCACCAUUUUCUCAGACGUAGCACUCCCACAAGACCGCUCGCUGUGGCUCCAACGCAAGGGCUUCUCGGGCAAUCUGGGCAUGAAUGUCAGCACCCUUCUGGGCACUUCAGCCAACUGGAUCGAUGUGACGCCGACCUACGAGGCCAUGUCAACCGACGUUCCGGAAUCAGAUGAACGUGCCUAUCAACGAGACAUCAAGAGAUUCUUAAAGAAAGGGUCUCGACAUGUCGCUCGCGAAACUUGUGUUAUCCGCGUCCCGGCAGCAGCAUCCGAUGGCUAUCUUCGCCUCGUUCUCUGCACAGGGGAGAGUCGAAAGAAAGUGCUGUGCCCAAGCCCUGUAUUCCGUAUCGCGAGCACUUCGACCGAUGUCAGCAUCUUCCGCGGUGCGAGUCUUUCGUCCAUGCCCAUCGAGGCUGGCCUCAAAGUGGCAUCCGUAGUUGGCACCACAGUCGCCAACCGAUACAUUGGGCCAGCAAGGGCAGUAGUCGAUAACCGUGUUCAGAAGUACACAAACAAAUACAAGCCAGGUUUCAUCGCCGAACGAGCGGAACAUAUUGCCUUUGCCAAGUCUGGCUUGCAAGAUAGAUUCAAUUCGUUGGAACAAAAUUUCGACAGUGCCCGAGAUGUUUCUUAUAAGCCUUUCCAUGAUGCUCUGAUACUGGAUGCUCCUCCCGAAGUUAUCGGAGCCGACUCUGGACCUGACAAGCCGUUUCCAAUCAAACUGACUGGAACUGUUGUAGCAGGAAGUGGUCAAAGUCGAGCCCAGCUGGGAUUGCCCACCGCCAAUCUCAAGGGUGUCUCCAGCGAUCUGCUCCUUCGAUUAAAUGGAGUUUAUUUCGGCUGGGCUCGCAUAGAGCCUGUGAAAGGCAUGGAUAACAUUUCACAAGACUGGCAUGAAGCCAUCAUUACGGUCGCUAUUUCGCCCUAUGCAUCGCCAAAUAUUGCCGCAGGUAAUGUCGCUACUGUGCAUAUGAUUCAUGACUUUGGCGAAGCCGAUUUUGUUGGUGCAAAACUCAAGAGCGUCGUCAUGGCUUAUUUGCGUCCGGCAUCACUACCAGACGGAUCACGACAAUUGAAUCUUUCCGCCGAUACAGCAGCUCUUGAUAUUGACAUUGCGCUGGCAAGCUUGAGUCGUGAAUCAUGGGGAUCACAAGUGACGAUGGAGAGAAUGAAGUCCGAGAAGUCAGCACAAUCAUUAGCUGACAAGUACGUUGUUGCGAGGACUCAGGUACAGAAGAGAGUUGAUAGCAUCCCACUUCAUCUGGCUGGAGUUCGAAGCAACAGUGCCACGAUGAUCGACAAGGCAUAUGGUCGCGGAGGAAUCUAUAUUCGGCGAUGA